AUGUCUAAGGAAGAUAAGAGAAACAGAUUUUUGGGAGUUUUCCCCGCGCUUGUGGAUGAAUUGAAGUCGAUUUUGUCCGGUUACGGUAUGACCGAAGAUGCUUUGCAAUGGUACGAAAACUCGUUGAACUACAACACUCCAGGCGGCAAAUUGAACCGUGGUCUGUCUGUGGUGGACACGUAUGCGAUCUUGACGGGCAAGGGCUCAUAUGCGGAGCUUUCUGACGACGAAUACUUCAAGUUGGCUAUCCUUGGAUGGUGUAUUGAGCUAUUGCAGGCGUACUUUUUGGUGGCUGACGAUAUGAUGGACAAGUCUAUCACGAGACGUGGUCAACCAUGCUGGUACCGUGUGCCUGAGGUUGGCGAGGUGGCCAUCAACGAUGCGUUCAUGUUGGAAGGUGCGAUCUACUGUCUGCUGAAAAACCAUUUCCGCACGGAGUCGUACUACGUGGAUUUGCUGGAACUGUUCCACGAUGUGACUUUCCAGACCGAGCUGGGCCAAUUGCUGGACUUGAUCACCGCUCCUGAGGACCGCAUCGACCUUAACAAGUUCUCGCUGGAGCGUCACUCGUUCAUCGUGCGUUUCAAGACCGCGUACUAUUCGUUCUACUUGCCAGUGGCACUGGCCAUGUACGCAGCGGGCGUGAAAGACAAACGUGACCUGCAGCAAGCUCAGGACGUGCUGAUCCCACUGGGCGAGUACUUCCAGAUCCAGGACGACUACUUGGACUGUUUUGGCAAGCCUGAGGACAUCGGCAAGAUCGGCACCGACAUCCAGGACAACAAGUGCUCGUGGGUCGUCAACACCGCGCUCAAGCUGUGUUCUGCAGACCAGCGCAAGGUGCUAGACGACAACUACGGCAGGAAGAACGCCGAGAGCGAAGCCCGCUGCAAGCACGUGUUCUCCGAGUUGAAGAUCGACGAAUUGUACCACGAGUACGAGGAGAAGGUCGCCACCGAUCUCAAGGCGCUGAUCAAGGACACUGACGAGUCCCGUGGGUUCAAGGGCCAGGUUCUGACAGCGUUUUUGGAGAAGGUCUACAAGAGAAAGAAAUGA